AUGGCUUCGGAGAGGCGGGGCGGCCCGCUGCGCUCGGCCCGCCUGCUGUCAACGGCCACGCUGGAGCUGCUGGCGCUGCCCUGUGGCCUGCAGGAGCGCGAGCACCGGCCUUGCAUUUCAGAUGAUUUAAAAAUAGGAUAUCACAGCAGAGAUCAUGCAACACAAACAGAUAUCAAAGAAAUACCAGAAUUAAAUGAAUUAGCAGUUGCUACACAAGCUUUAAUCAAGGAAGAUAUCUGACUCACCAAUUCCCUCCAGAAAGAUUUGUUCAUCUACAAAAGUGCCAUUCAAGCACAAUAUGAAGAAAAAAUUGAAGAGCAAGUGUCGAAUCUCUAUAAAUAUGUAAAUGGUAGACUGACAGACAUUGAGACUUUUCAUAAACGGAUAAAGAGAAAAAAAGAAGUCCAAAUUCGACAAAGUUACCAACAGCAGUUAUGUGACGCACUGGCUGUUCUCAGAGGAAAUAUUAAGAAGUAUUACAACAUAGAUAGAGAAGAUAUAGAAUGUUCAUCAGGAAAACUUUUCAGGUUUUUACGUGACAAACUGUGUGAGAAAGAGUCCAUAAUUGAAGAUCUGAAAAGAAAAAUGCAGUAAUAUCAAGAAAAUGAAAGGACUAAAGUGGUUGUCUUUGAAGACGAUGACCGUGGAAACAAAAAGCUUGAAAAAGAGAAUGAAGAGUUCAAAGAAGAGGUUUUCAAACUACGCAACGAGAUUGCUCGUCUUGAGAAUUGUCUGCAACACUCUGAAAAAGAAAAGCAUGCAUUAGAUAGGCAAGUUCAAAGAAUGCAAUUAAAAAUGGAAAGUGAUGAGCAAACUAUUCAACAGUUGGUUGAAUUUCAAGAAGAGAUGAAGGCAGAACUUGAAAACGGAAGAUUGUUAUAUAAAAAUCUGAUAACAAAUGUAGCUACUGAAAGUUCCCUGACUGCUGAAAAUGGAAAACUGAAGAAAUGUGAAGGUCAGGAGAGGCAAACCAUAGCAAGAAAGAAAGCUGAGCAAAGUAAUGCAGUAUGGAAAAAGAAAUUCCAGAUUGUACAAAACAGUCUGCAUGCAACUAAGGACGAGAUGUUUCUUAGACAAACACUGCAACGCCAGUUUCUAGCAUUUAGAUAUACAUUUGCUGGUGAAACAAUGGUUUGCCCUAUUUGUAUUGAAAAUGACAUAAAAGGCACAGACAGAUUCAAAGAUGGCUCACAUUUACCUUCAACUUUGUCUACUGGAAAGCAGAAAGAAGACGCAGGUGAAUUUCCUAGGCUUCUAAACACACCAAAGAUGGCCAGUGUUUGAAGAUGGUGAGUUCGAAAUCUUUGAUGCAACGUAGCCUAUUCUGCAAUUUAAGUAUUUGUUUCUAACUCUUUAGUAUAUACUUGAACAUAAUCGUAUUUCUCCAGAUACAUUUUCCUGCAAACCUUCAAUGUACACAGAGCUUUUGGGGUCUCCUUCUUUGGAGAUACUCAAAACCUGCCUGGAUGCUUUCCUGUGCAAUUUACUCUAGGGAAUCUGUGUUAGGUGGGGUGUUGGAGUAGAUGAUCUCCAGAGGUCCCUUCCAGCAUAGUUCUGUGUGACUGUGAAUAGUCCUCUCUUCCCACGAGAAAGGAGAUGAACUCAAUGCCAUUUCAAUGCUGAAUUCCAAUCUCACCACUAAACUGUAUUUGAAGAACAUUAUGAGAUAUUUACCUUUUCUUUUAGCAUCUAUAAAAAAUACACUACAACAACAAAGAUGCAUGAGUAUAAUACUAAACCCUCUUCUUUUCAGUAUCUCUACUAUUAAAUAAUUUUUAAAAUGUAAUUGCAAUUAAGCACAAUAUUGUUCACUCUAUCUCUUAGGAAUGUUAGUUAAUAGUUUAUUUAAAAAGCAGGAUUGUUCUGA